AGGUAUAGAAACAUUUGUCGUUAUCGUAGCCAUUUUGCCACCUUUUUUUGCAACAUCACUCACUCAGCCAAAAACAGUUUACAAAAUCACCUUGUUAAUUACUUCGAACCGCUCAGCCUGAAAAUGUCGUCCACGGAGGAAGGAGGCGGCGCCGUCGGAGCUCCCGGCGGAGCAGUUUCCAAUGAUCAAACAAUCACCACCAACAACAAUCCCUUAGAGACGAUUAUUCCAAUGCCGGAUACGGACUUCACUCUCAGCAAAGGGGAAUUAGAGAAUCUCCGGUCAUUAGACGAAUCUUUCGACGGCAACCAACUCGACCCCAAUGCCAAACCAUUGAUACGAAGAGUCCCAUCAACCCUUGGCUGUCACGAAGAUUUCAGGAAGUAUUUCAAGCCGAAGGUGAUCCAAAUCGGCCCACUCCACAACGAUGAUCCCACCCUCCAUGGAUCCCAGAAUCUCAAGCAAAACUUAGUAAAAUGUUUCACCAAAAACAUUGGCGUCAAUACGAAAACCUUGUACGAAAACAUGAAGAAAGAGAUCGAUGGCUUGAAGAAAUGCUAUGAUCCAAAGGAAUUAGAGAAGUAUAGCAACGGUAAAGAGAAACUGGCUUGGAUUUUAUUCGUCGACGGCUGCGCAAUUUUACAAGCAGUUUAUAUUCGUUACGGCCAAGAUUAUAAUUCUACGCUGAUCGAGAGGUGUACUAUAAAAGAAAUGCUGACAUUUGAGUACUCGGAUCUAUUCUUGUUGGAAAACCAAUUACCUUUUCGUGUUCUUGAAUUGCUUACAAGCUCGAGCAAAAAUGGCGAAAAGUUCAUGAAUGCGAUCAAAAGGUUCAUCGACUACACUGUUAUCACCCCAGCCGAGAUGAAAGAGUCACAAUCACAUCAGCAGGACAGUGAAUGGUGGCCGCAGCAAGAAGGAGAGCGAAUUCACUUAUUGCAUCUACUACGAGUAAGACUCCUUUUCAGUAAAGAAAAAAAAGAAAAACCAUGGCGGCAUUGUAGGUUUUGCACUCGAUUUUUCAUGUACUUGAUAAAUCGCAGCAACCAAACAAGAACAAAGGGGCACCAUUCACACACCUUACGUAACGUAAAAGAGCUUAAAAAAGCCGGGAUAAGGUUAAAAGCAAGCGAAACAAGUUGUUUAACUGACAUCAGUUUCAACCGAUUCUUCUUCGUCGGAAAAUUAUGGUUACCGCCGAUCACCGUCGAUGAUUCAACCAUGAACUUAAUAGCUUACGAAAUGUGUCCGGAUUUCUACAACAAUUUCACCGUCACUUCAUAUAUGGGUUUCCUUGUUUCAUUGAUCAAUGAAGCCGAAAAUGUUCAGGAACUGAGAGACGCCGGCGUACUACACAAUAGAUUGACAAGUGACGAAGAAGUGGUUAAGCUUUUCAAUAAGAUGAACACUGAUUUGGUUCCUAGUCCGAUGAUUUACAGAUACAUUAAACAGCAAAUACAUAAUCAUCGUGAGAAUAUGUGGAGUAAAUAUCCAGCUCAAGCUUUUCAUACUUGUUUUAGGACUCGUUGGACGUUUUUCGCAUUUGUGGGCGCCAUUGCUACACUUUUUGUUUCUUCUUUGCAGACUCAUUAUACCAUACAUCAACCAAAGUAAGUGCUGUUUACUGGUCUUUUUGUAAACUCCUGUUAUUUAUGAGAAUUUUGUAAUUCCGGCAUUUUCGAUUCAA